AUGGCUCGAAACAACACCGGAGAUGCCGGCCCGAAAGCUCGUUCCUAUAGCUGCAGCUAUUGUUCUAAAAGUUUCAUUCGCGCAGAGCACUUGCAACGUCAUCUUGUGUCUCAUGAAAACAGAAAGCCACAUAGCUGUCUGGCAUGUGGCUCAAGUUUUGGCAGAGCCGAUGUCUUGCUACGACACAAGAAGAAGUGCCCUCAACACCAGCGCCUGGUGGCAAGCACUCAAGAAGCGGUCAAUGCACGAGAGGGACAUCAAUCGCGCGGUAGUGAAUCAAACUCUGCGUUGUCAGGAAAUACAUCAGGGCCGAGACAUUCUUCGACCCUCAACGACAUGAGCUCCACUCUUGGAAGUACGGUCCAGGUUAUGGAGUCCGAGAAUCCCCUGAUGUUUCCCCCGAAAGGCUCGAUUCGAGCACCCUCUAAUCCGCCAAACACAUCAAACAUAGUUUUCGAUACUGCCGUGAUACCUUCUACGUAUCUAACUUCAAGGGUUAGCGAUCGCAAUCACCCAACAUUGAUAGCAGCCAACCUCUCUUCAACAACGCUUCCUGUUUCCCAAAUGCCCGAUCAAGCGACAUCCAGUGUUGGCCAUGAACUUACCUCCAAUUCGCCUUCCUCGCAGCGUCUGGACAUUUCCAGCGGACAAUCCGGCGAGCCAGCAUCGUAUGGACCAUCUCUCACCCCGUCAUGGGAGAUGUCACGAGACAUAUAUAACACGGACUUCACGGACCUAAAUAUGAACGAUUUGAUGUUCCUGGAAGACUCUUUGCUUCCUGGUUUUCCUUGCGACUCCGUCGACCUCAUCACCCCAUUUCAUCCAACACCUGACUUAGUGAAUGUAAAUCAUUCAACACCUGUUCCAGACCGGCUUCUCCUUAGCUGCACUCGACAGGUGACCCCAUCUCUAGAAGAAAGCAGGACUCUCGGUGUCCGACAGAACGAAAAAGUUGCCCCCAAAGAAUUACAAUUAUCCUCAGAGGACAUCAGCACCUUCAGGAGGCGUACUUUAGACAUUGACCGACAAAACCUUCUGCCAAACUUCACAUUCCCGACUCGUAUACGGAUGAUACGGUUGCUUAGCGCAUAUUUCGAAUACUUCGACCCCCACACGCCCAUCGUGCACCGCGCCACCUUCGAUGUUCAAGGCAGUCAUCCUGCCUUGGUCCUUGCGAUGCUAGCUAUUGGUGGCCUCCAUGUCUCUGAGCACGAUUUUGCCAAUCUGGCAUACAACGCCUGCUGCAAUCUUCUUUAUAGCAUUGAAGGGUACGAAGAGGAACCCGUCCGAGCGCCGGAGAUCGGAGUGAUACAAUCUUUACUAUUAUGCGCACAAUUUGGAGCCUAUAGCGACAAUACAGCCAAUUUCCGACGUGCUGAAAGGCAUAUAACUUCGGCUAAUUCGCUAUUGCGAGAAUACUUGGAUGGACUAAAGUUACAAGAAAACCAGUCGAAGUCGGACUGGGCAUCCUGGAUUGCCACGGAGACUUGUAGUCGGCUUGCCGGUUGGCUUUCCAUCCUGAGCGGUGUUAUCCUUUCCUUUCAUCCGGCAGCUGCCAUCCUGAUGUAUCUCGAAUCUGACAUCCCACUACCAUGCUCUGAAGAAUUGUGGAAAGCGAGGUCAAGCGCGGAAUGGGUGACCUUGUCGGCAUUAACCCCCGAGGGGGAGGUACUCGGCAUGCUAUCAAUGUCCCAAACCAUCUCGGCCGGCGAAUCAUUUCGGGAAAAGCUAAGCGCAUUUGGCCUGCUGGUCGUUGCUGGGUCAAUUCUGGCCUAUAUAUGCCUUCGCGAACGACUGUUGCCUAGACACCAAGAGGAACUAGAAGCCUCGUUCAUUGCUAGAAUGGAACAAACCCUGGCAUCCCUGGAGUCACUGUGGCGGCAGCAUCCACAAGCCUCAAGGGUGCCGAGUAAGACUGCCAGUCUUCUCCUCCUCGACUGCCUAUCCUUGCUUGGGUCCGCUUAUUAUCACCUCUACCUACCCGCUGAGUUGCGUUCGCUGAAGACUUUUGCUCGGAGCCGCGGUCGACUAUCAUCAUUACCGCAUCCACAGCCACAGUCGCGUGAGUUAACUCUAAAGGCUGUCCUAUACGCGGCUCAGUCGUGGUUUGUACGUGCUAAGCUCGGCAUUGCUCAUCUUCAGAAGACGGCUGCCCUGCAGUUUGGUGCUCACUCCCUUGUGGCCGCGUAUGAAGGUGCAUUAAUACUUGCCUGGUGGCUGCGAAGACAUAAAGAACCCAACUCUAUCUCUUCGUCGUCCAUGCCCACAUUAAACAGUGAAGCAAGGCUCCAAGACCUUGUCAACGAGAUCACUGAAGAGCUUUACGAUCAAAAGAUCGGUAGCCCCGACACAGAUCAAUGUUUGAUCCCUCUUAUGUGUUAUCGGGCUCUUAUCCUUCCGUGGGUGUGGAACUAUGCUUCUAUCAUGCGAUCACACCUUGACAACCUCCAUGAGCAGCUUAGCCAAGAGCAAACACGAUAA